GAUGCUAGCAAAGAAUCUGGAUGUGUCUCAAGGGCUGGUGAACGGGGCACGAGGCGUUGUUGUAGGAUUUGAAAGUGAACAGAAGGGGCUGCCUCAGGUGAGGUUUCUCUGUGGGGUCACACAGGUCAUAAGAUUGGAGAAAUGGGUCUUCAAAGGACCAUCAGGAGUUCACCUGAGUCGCCAACAGCUGCCUUUAAAAUUGGCGUGGGCCAUUUCCAUUCACAAGAGUCAGGGCAUGUCUUUAGACUGUGUGGAAAUCUCCCUGUCUCGUGUCUUUGAAAGUGGGCAGGCUUACGUAGCCCUCUCCCGAGCCCGUAGCCUUGCAGGUCUCCGUGUUCUGGAUUUUGACCCAAAAGUAGUGAGAGCUGAUCCUUCUGUGCUGCAGUUCUACAGACAGUUAAGACGUUAUCAGCUUUUAACCCAGGAUUCACUACACACCUAUUCAGAUGCUGAUGAGAAGGAGAAUGUGAAAUGCAGCUGAUAAUACUCUCCUGGUUUCUGCGAAGUGUGAGCACAGACUCCUGAGAUGCAGUCAUCUUGCUAUUGAGUAUAUUUGAUAACAUAGGUAAAGUCAAAGGACUUUUUUUAGCUGUUUGCUUCAUUCAGCUGACUCUGGAUAUAUAGAAGUAUCUCUGUCUCGUGCCUCUGGAAUUUGGAAGGCUUCUGUAGACCCUUUCUGAGCCCACAGACCUACGUAAGCACUUCUGUGUCACAGAUGCAACUCCAGCAAACAAAAUGACUGAACAAGGAUGUUCCUGAGGGUCCUUCCUGUGGUUCUAUCCUGCCUGCCUAGUUGCAUUUAAUCCUCCACAUAUAUAGACUGAAACUUGCGUCCCUUUCUUCAAGUAUACCACUGUUGUGAGAUGGAAGGUGUCUGGAUGGAUUGGACCUGUUCACAGGAGCUGCUGACACAAGGGAAAGCAGUGCUAAGUAUCUGGAAUACAUACUUGAUUCUUCUGCAAGCAAGGAGCUGGGCUAUUACUUUACAGCAUGCUGAGGUGUUCCAGAUGCUUGACACCAGGAGGCUUUGCAAAACUUCCUCCACAAGCAGAACUGCCAGUUACAUAUUGCUUGUUAUGCUGAUAUGUAGCGUUUUUAUUAGUCUGUUGCAUAAGAUGUGAUUUUUAUUUUUUUAACUCUCUGAGAUGAACUGGCACUGUUCAAAGACAAGAGGAAUUCCUACAUCUUAUACCUGUAAUUAUGGAACUACAAGAAUUGUGAAGUUCUGUUACUCCAUUAGGGAGAAGAUGGGUACUGGUGAGAGUUCCUCUUGUUUAAACAUAUGAGGCUUACUCAAAUGAAAGUUGCUCCUGGAAAAAACUUGUCUGACUAAUAAGGUGGAAUUUUAGUGUGAAAUAGGGAAUAAUGGCUAUGGACAUGUGAAGUGAGCUGUAAUGUCACCUGUUUCAGCAAAAGCAGAGAUAAGCAGAACUAAUAUACUGUCUUAAUUAAGGAAAAGCUUUGGUCUUUGUAUUUUAGCACUUUGUUUAAAGCUUAAGUAACUUGUAUAUUUUAAAAUGUUUAACAUCUUAAAACGUGACAUAACAUUCAGCU